AUCAAUAAUAAUUAUUUUUAUGAAAGUAGAUGUUUCUAUUGCCUGAAUUCCUCAAUGUACACAUAGAGCUCAGUUAUCAUUUCUUAAGCAUAGUUUUGCAGUAAAAUCUACACAAAUCUGGCCAAAUUUUAAUUCACAUCAUGUGAUAUUGGCUAUCACAACUUAAUAUCCAUGAACUCACUUGUCACAAUUAUCAUGUGAUGAUGUUGGGAUAACACAACAACUCAGCCUUCAUCAGUUCAUCUUUGUCAUUCAAUUUUCUUUUUUGGUUCAACUGGUGCAAUACAGCUCUACUGAUUAUAUUUAAAAUACAACUCUAUAGGUGAUUGAGAAAAUGAUUGAGCUCUCUCAAUGGAGAGCAUGUAUUGGGUUGUGGAACUGCUGCUGUUCUGGAACGAAACUAAAGUUAUGCCAAGAUGGAAAAAAAAUAAAGCAAUCGAGAUGUAUCUCAGAUGUGCAUGUAGACAAUGGAUUUGAGCUAUUGAAACUGACAUUUUUUGCUCAUUUUCUAACUGUUACCCUCAGUUCUAUUUUAAUUACAAUAGGACUCAAAAUAUUUUUCUGCUCUCUUCUCCUUCUUUUAUCUGGAGAUGUUGAGCUUAAUCCUGGUCCAGUAAUUGAUGAACGACCUAAUAUUUUUGUGUUGCUUGAUCUGCUGGAGCCACUUGAAAACUGGCAGUUGUUUGGUCGUCAGUUGCCUGGAGUAACACAACAAAUUAUUGACAUGAUCCAAAAGUCCAAAGAUUUAAUGAGUUCAAGGCCAAAAAAGAAAGCUCUUAUUGAAAAAUGGUUCAAAGAGAAUCCUAAGGCAACAUGGAAGGAUGUGCUUGCUGCUUUAAAAAGAAGAAAAGAGAUUCAAGUCAUUCAAGAUAUUGAAAAACACCUGUCAAGUACAUGUAUUUGUAACCAUUUGGAUCCAAAGGACUUUUGUGGUCAAAUUGCUCCUAAGGAAUUGUUACGUUCAUAUUCAGACAAACUUACUGCUGCUAUUACUGAUAAUCUUCAUACAAUUAGCAAUGCACUAUAUGCUAAUGGACUAAUGUCAUUAAACAUUAAAUGUCGCAUAUUAUCAACAACUGGGCAUUCCGAUUACGAAAAGGCCAGCUACUUAGUGACUACAUUAUUAAGACAAUUGGAAGCAUCUUUAAAUCCACAAAGGGAUUUGAUUAAUAUUUGCCAUAUAUUGAUAAAUCAAAAGCAUCGAGCACUUAAAGAUAUUGCUGCAUCUAUUUUGGAUCAAUUAGGUCAGCCAUAUCAUGCAGUCAUUAGUUCAGAUCUACCUGAUGAUGUGCAAGAGUACAUAAAGAGUCUCAAAGAUAAGUAUCUAAGUCAACCUAUUAUUGCUAGUGACUGGCCACCAAGAGUUGGGCAAGAUUUUUUUGGUAGAUUAGCACUUGUAAGGGAAAAUGAGUUUGCUUCACAAGCAGAGCAUGAAAGAUAUUCGUGGUGCAUGUUAAGGGGUCAUAUCGAUGAAAUUCAUUAUAUUUCUGGUUAUAAUAAAGUUACAAUUGAAACUAUGCUAAAUUCAGAUCUUUUGUCUCUCAGAUUAGCUGUAGAUGGUCCUCCUGGUAUUGGCAAGACAACACUUUGUCGUAAAUUGUUAAACAUGUGGUCUAAAGGAUCACAUGAGCUUCAACAUUACGACAUAGUACUUUAUUGUCCAUUUAGACAUAAACAAGUAGCUGAAGCAACUGAACUAGCUGAUCUAUUGACAUGUACAUAUAAAAGUCCUAAAGUAUCAGAUGUAGCAGACUGGAUAACAGAAAGAGAGGGUAAAGGGCUUCUAAUUAUUUUUGAUGGUUGGGACGAAUUAAGUACACAAUUGAGAGAGGCUUCACUGGCCACAAGCAUCAUUUGCAAAAAUCAGUUAGUUUAUUCUUCUGUAGUUGUUACCUCUCGUACUUAUGCCACUGCUUCACUACUUCAACUAGAAUGUCUCAAUCAAAAUGUUCAUGUCAUUGGGUUUGUUGCAGAUGAAAUAGAUCAAGUGAUUAAAGGAACACUUAGUCAAGAACUGGCAGAAAAAUUGAUUGAAGAUCUUGAGUUACGAAAUGAUGUUCUCUCAUUGUGUUAUGUUCCUUUAGUCUGUUCUAUGGUUAUUUUAGUUUAUCAAAAGUCAGGAGGUUAUCUUCCAACGACCAUAUCUGAUCUUUAUGAAAACUUUGUCUUACAAACUAUUAGAAGGCAUGUUAAAAAAGCAUAUAAUGACCUGGAGCCACAAUCAAUUGACAGUCUUGGUAAUUUACCAUCAAACUUAAAUGCAUCACUUCAACAAAUGUGUGAAUUUGCUUACUUCAGCUUAAAGAAAGAAACUAAUAAAAUGACAUUCACUCUUUCACAAAUUCAGUCACUGGAUAUUGCAGCAAAAGAAAACUACCUUGGGAUGAUAACAUCUAUUACUGACUUUGAUGAGGAAUGGUAUCAAUUCAUUCAUUUAAGUAUCCAGGAAUUCCUAGCUGCAUGGUGGAUUGCUAAAAAUGAGAAAACAGAAGAAAUAUUUAAAAAUUGUUUUGAAGAUGAUCAUUUUCGAUUGUGUCUCAGGUUUGUGGCAGGCCUAACUAAGCUGGAACAUCAAAGCUAUCAACAAUACUUUAACAGCACAGUAUUUGACUUGCAAUGUAGAAAAAGACCUUUGUUUGAGAUUGAAUCUGCCCAUCCUUGGAUUACUCCAGAUAUGCAUCAUGUUAGUCUUGAAAAGUUUCAAUAUAAGUUUAUGGUCGAAUUUUGUACCCUUCUUUAUCUCCUGUAUGAAUCACAAAAUACAGAAUUAUGUCACAUUUUAGCCCAGUCAAUCAAAAACUACUCCAUGUGUCUAGGUAAUAUUUCACUGAGCUCUGGAUUGCAACCACCAUUUGACACACUGUGCCUUACAUACUUUAUUAAUAAUUCUAAUACAUAUUGGAAUUAUUUGCAUAUUUAUCCAUAUGAAACUGCUUCUCGAUGGAACAUCAUCAAUGAAGGAAUAGAAAAAAGCACAGCUCAGUCUAAAACAGUUGUUAUAAAUAAUUUCCUGAAGUUAGUACAAUGGCCGCGAUAUUUUAAUAUUCAAGAAUUUUACUGUAGUUUUUUUUGUUUUGUGGAUGUUCAAGAAUUUCUUGUUUUUUUAAAUUUCUUUUCUGAACUUCCACAGCUAAAAAAACUUCAUUUGAAUCAAGUCAGUCAUCAAAGAAAUGAAUCGAGUCAAGCGGCUAUUAUCGAACCAAGCAGUCAUCAGCAAAUAUUUGUUGAACUUGAAGAAAGCAUAGUUAGUUCUCAUCUACAAGAACUAUACUUUAACAUGAAAGAGACCGUGCAACUGAAAAAUGUUUCAUUCAUUACUGAUAUAACUGCUGCUUUACUCAAGGGAGUAACAAGUAGUAAAACAAUUAAGUCAUUGAAAAUAAUAGUUGACUAUCACAGUUAUUAUCAUUGUCCCCCUGCACUUCCAAAUGGCAUUAUAGAACGCUUAUUGCAACAUAACAGAACAUUACAAGAACUUUCUCUAUAUUUACCAAAUGAACUUAUUUCAUCAGCACUGAAUAUCAAGGAAAUAAAUGCACCACUGACUACUCUAGAAAUUGAUGAAACUUUUGCAAUAAUUGAAAAAGCAGAACAAUGCAAAAUGCUGGCACUUCUUCCUCAUAUUACAGGACUAAAGCAUUUAAAAUUGAUGCUGUACAAUAUGUGUCCUCCAUAUCCUUUACUCCUUUCAAAUCCCAAUCUGCAGUAUCUCUCACUACAGUUACAAACAUUUGAUAGUGUUAUAAAGCUUUUUGAAAAUCUGACAAACAAUACUACACUUUUGGGACUGAAAGUAAGAAUUCGAUUACAAAGAUGCUUCAACUCAGGUGGGACAAUCUGUAUUCAUAAUUUAGUUAGAACUCAUAUAGGGAAAAACCUUGAGAAUUUGUUAACAAAUAAUCACAUUUUACAGCAUCUUGAAAUUAUAGGAUUGGAUAUACCAUAUGUUUCAGAAGGGUCAAUUUGGCCGAAUGCUCAUAUUAUUCCAAAUUUUUUUCUGCAUUUUUUAAAUAAAGGUCUGGUACAAAAUAAAAGCUUAAAACAUUUAACUGUGCCUAUUGAAAUACCUAACUUAAAGGGGCUGAAACUCUUGACAAUUUUCCUUGAUACAUUGUCUCAAAAGAAAAUUCUCACUGAACUUCAGCUAUACAUACAUAUCAAUAAAUCUGAUAGAGAUGCAACAAUUUCUUUCUUUAGUGAAAAUGGAUUACCUCAUUUUACAAAUUUCUUACGUUCUGUCAGAGCCCUAAAAAUAUUGAGAGUGGAAUUUGAUUGUUCAUAUUAUCAUUAUUCAUCAGAGCGGGAAAUUCCUUGUUUGUCUACAAUUAAAAAAUGUGUGUAUGAUUUCAUGGAUGGGAUUGUUUUUCAUCCUUCUUUAGAAUAUGUCCACUUAGGUGUAUCAGUAUCAAGUUGUGUAACAAAUAUUUUUGAGAAAGAAUUGAAGCGAAUAAUGAAGACAUAUAGUGAGCAAGAACAGAAACCACCUCCUCACAUUGAUUUAUCAGAUCGUCUUAAUUUAAAAGAAGAAUAACAAUUUGUUUAGAUGAAUAUUAAUUUUUUGCAACCUAUUAUAGAGAGCAAUUAGACUAGCUAUUAUAUUAUUUUUAUUGUGAAACUACAUUUUGAAUGCAGAUUGCAGAGAA